UCCGUUCAACAUGGCCGAAAAAACUGUGGUUAUUUCACAGCAGAAUACAAAACCUAUAAAAAUUUCAAAAUGGAAAGUUAGGGAAGGUUUUACCAUAUCAAUCGGUACUGUGGUAUUUCUGUACGAUUUUGAAAAGGUUGAUAUAAAGCAACAACGUAAGUUUAAGUCGCCACAGGCUGGAACAGUUUGCAAACUGAUCGCGCAGGAAGGCGCCAUAAUCCCUCCAGGAGAAGUUUUAUUUGAGUUAGAAGCAUGCAUACAUCCCACUGUUAUGAAAGACAUGUGUGCAGAAUGCGGAGCCGAUCUACGAAAGGACGAUUUAAAUUCCACCGCUUCUGUUCCUAUGAUACACACGGUACCUGAUUUAAAAGUUAGCGAAGAGCUCGCGCAGAAACUUGGCAAGGCUGAUGGUGAAAGAUUGUUACGUGACAAGAAACUAGUUCUGUUGGUCGAUUUAGAUCAAACUCUGAUUCACACAACAAACGAUAUUAUUCCACCAAACUUAAAAGAUGUAUAUCAUUUCCAAUUGUACGGACCUAAUUCUCCAUGGUAUCACACUAGGCUGAGGCCUGGUACACAUCAAUUUUUAAAUAAGGUUUCACCUUACUUUGAGUUACACAUAUGUACUUUCGGCGCAAGGAACUAUGCCCAUCGAAUUACAGCAAUUUUGGAUGCAGAUGAAAGAUUCUUUUCCAAUCGAGUGCUUUCUAGGGAUGAGUGCUUCAAUCCCACUAGUAAAACUGCCAAUUUAAAAGCACUUUUUCCAUGCGGUGACCAUAUGGUGUGCAUCAUAGAUGAUAGGGAAGAUGUGUGGUCGCAUGCUACAAAUUUAAUCCACGUUAAACCAUAUCACUUCUUCAAACAUACAGGUGAUAUAAAUGCACCGCCUGGUCUUGAAAAACACGAACAUGAUGAAAAAGAUGGUAUUGAUCUCUCCAAUAUUACACCUAAAGUGGACAAAGAAAAUGGCAAUGAUGAAGAGAAUUUACCAAACUGUGAUAAGACAACUGUAACGGAAGCAUUUAGCCAAAAUGAAGACAGUGAAAAAAUAAGUGAAAAUGGCGAAUCACAAAAGGAUUCUAAUGUGGAAGAAACAAAGGAACCACCGGAUGAGAAAACUGAAAACAAACCCGAAGAAAGAACAGAAGAAAGGAAAAAUGAAAAUGCCAUAGACGUUAUUGAAGUUGAGGAUCCUGAUGAUUACUUGUUAUAUUUAGAAGAUAUCUUGAUAAGGAUACAUAAAGCAUUUUAUGAAGAAUAUGAUAAAUUAGAUUCUGGAGAAGUUCCAGAUUUAAAGAAGGUAAUACCAAACGUAAAGGGACAAGUUUUAAAAGGUUGUAAGAUGGUGUUUAGUGGUUUAGUACCCACCCAUAUAAAAUUACAACAUUCGAGAGCAUACCAAGUGGCAAAAAGUUUAGGAGCUGACGUAAAACAGGAUUUCGAAGAGGACACAACCCAUUUAGUUGCUGUUCGUCCCGGUACAGCUAAAGUGAACGCUGGCAGAAGAAGAAAAAAUUUGAAAAUUGUAACGCCCGACUGGUUGUGGGCGUGUGCUGAAAGAUGGGAGCGCAUUGAAGAAAAAAUAUUCCCCUUAAACAGCAAGGGUUCAAAAAAUCGACAUCCUCCACCUCACUGCAGUAGCCCGGAGCACAAUCCCAAUUAUAGCAUCCACGAUACGCCUGCGCAACGAAAACGGUCGCCUAGUGGAAGGUUUAUGGAUACUAUAAAUCCCUUGAUGUCAUUUUCAACAGCCGACAUUGAGGAUAUGGGUAAGGAAGUAGAGGAUACUUUGGACACGGAAAGUGAAAGCGAAGAGGACGCUACAAAAAAAGCACCACUGCCUAUUGAAACAUUCGACAAAGAAGACAGUAGCAGUAGUUCGGGGGAAUCGCUAACGGCGGAAAUGCCAAGGGGACACAAACGGAAUAUCGAUAAACGCAACGACGAGGACGAAGAAGAAUUGAAAGAAAGUGAAGACGAAUUUCCCAGUACCAAAUUUCGUAGAGGAGAGCAAUUAGAUAGUGACUUAGAUAUUGGUCAAGAUUCUAACAGUGAAGGUAGUGCGGAGGCACCAGAUGAAAUCGACGACGGUGAAUGGAAUAUGAUGGGUGCAGCGUUAGAAAGAGAAUUUUUAUCAAAUUAAGUAAUUGUGUAAAUAUGUUUUUUUUAAAUUAUGUUAGGCGAUGAACAGUAUUAUAUGUUGUAAUUUAUUUGAUAAUUGUUGAACAUACAAAUGGUACUUGCAAGUUGUAACUCGAUUGAAGCUUUAAAUAAUUUUUUUUUAUGAACAUAAGUUAUAUAAAACGAAAUAGUUUUCUGCUCAAUAAACUACUUUAUUAACAA